UUUCGUAACGUCUCCUAAAAUGGCAUCUUCACUAUCCCGACCCAUCGCCAUCAUUGCAGGAGCAGGCCCCGGCACCGGAGCCGCCGUCGCCCGUCGCUUCGCCCAGACCUACCCAGUUGUUCUCCUCUCGCGCAGCGCAUCCAGCCUAGACCCCCUAGUGCAAGGGAUCAAUCAAAAUGGAGGUUCUGCUCUCGGUCUGCCCACGGACGUGACCAACCCGGAAAACAUGACCUCUACCAUGACGCAGAUCCAGAACCACUUCGGCGCGGACGUCUCCAUCGCAGCGGCCAUCUUCAACGUCGCGAGUAAGUUCUCGCGCUCGCAGUUCUUGGAAUCCGGCCCCGAGUUCCUGGACAGUCUGGAGGCGACGGCGCGAGGGGCGUCCAACUUCUCCAAGGCAGUCAUCCCGCUCAUGCUGGCUGAGGGGAGAAAGGAUACGUCACAUGGCGAGAGAUAUUCGCCGACAUUGAUCUUCACGGGUGCGACGGCUGCGAUGAAGGGCGGCUCGGGGCUGGGAUCAUUUGCGAUGAGCAAGUUCGCGGUGAGGGCGCUGGCGCAGUCCCUGGCGAGGGAGUUUGGGCCGAAGGGAAUCCACGUCGCUCAUGCUGUUAUUGAUGGCAUCAUUGCGACGGAGAUGACGAAGGGGUAUAAGGAUGAUACGCCGGAUGCGAAGAUCGAUCCGAACGCAAUUGCGGAGGCGUAUUGGUUCUUGCAUACUCAGCCCCGGUCGGCGUUUACUCAGGAGCUGGACUUGAGGCCUUAUUGUGAGAGUUGGUGAUCGUGCUCGGAUUGAGGUUAGGUGGUGUUUUGUGUAUUGUUUGGUGGUUGUCAUGUAGCCGGCCCAUGUUCUAUCUUCACAGAAUCUCGUGUCAAGUCAUACGGCCUAGUCUUCGUAUGUUCCAUCUACUUCAUGGUGGAGAUUCACCAGCUGUGAUUCAACAUAAUAUCGCCUCAAAGCCG